GAGUGGAUAGCGUGGAUGGUUCGUGUUAGUAGAUACACGCAAAUAAUCAUUUGUCAGACCCAAGUCUGAUAUUAAGAGCAUUUGGGAAAGCUGAAGUGUGCCAUUUUCGGGUGGGGUGGGGAGGAGUGUUGUUGCUAUGGCGGAUCAUCGGCACACACGGCGUUUUAUUUCCAGAUGAUGUCAACAAGAGGUCGCUGAUAAAAUGGAUGGGAUGGAUUUGAAAGCAGCCACGUCGACGAUGGAAGCUUUGGUUCGCAUCAGUUCCAACAUGAAGAGCCUGGAGCACGAGCUGCACUGCCCCGUGUGCAAAGACAUCGUCAAACAGCCCGUGGUGCUGCCAUGCCUUCACAGCGUGUGCCUCAUGUGUGCCUCCGAGGUGCUGGUGGCCAGCGGCUACCCGCCUCCGGAACUUCCCGCCGAGCCCAACUCGCCCGCCUCCACGCCCAACAUGCGCUCCCCGCGACAGCUCCGCAGGCCCACGCCCAAAGCCGAGCAGCGGCCCAUCGACCGGGUACUGCGGGCAGGUCCCCACCCGCCGUCGCCAUCCAUGCCCCGCUCGCCGGGAUACCUGGGGCGCCGCCGCAAGGAGGGCCCACCGCCCCUGGUCAUGAUGUUCCCCUGCAUCCCCUGUGGACGUGAUGUGGAGCUGGGGGAGAAAGGCCUCACUGACUGCUUGCGUAACCUUACCUUGGAGCGUAUAGUGGAGAGGUACCGACACACGGUGAGUCUGGGCAGCGUGGCCGUCAUGUGUCAGUUCUGCAAGCCACCGCACGCCCUGGAGGCCACCAAAGGCUGCGCCGACUGCAGGGCCAACUUCUGCAACGAGUGCUUCAAACUCUACCACCCGUGGGGAACGCCGCGGGCGCAGCACGAGCACAUCCUGCCCACGCUCAAUUUUAGACCAAAGGUGUUGACCUGCACGGAGCACGACCAGGAGAAGCUACAGUUCUAUUGUAGGACUUGUCAGCGGCUGCUUUGUCCGCUCUGCAAACUGCGACGUGUACAUACAGGACACAAGAUCCUCCCUGUGGCCCAGGCCUACCAAGCCCUGAAGGAGAAGAUUACAAAAGAGAUGAACUACAUUCUGUCCAACCAGGACACGGUUCUGUCUCAGAUUACACAGCUGGAGAGCGCCAUCACUCAGACUGAGGUGAACAGCGUGUCUGCUCGAGAGCAGCUGGCCCAGAGCAUCAGGGACCUGACGGCGGCUCUGGCUGAGCGCCACGCCUCGCUCACCCAAGCCCUGGAGGCGGCACGCCAGAAGCGAGGUGAGGCGCUGGCCGCUCAAGUGGCCGAGCGCCGCAGCUUGAUGGAGCACGCCGGGCUCGUGGCCUUCACGCAAGAGUUGCUGAAGGAAACGGACCAGCCCUGUUUUGUGCAGGCUGCACGCCAGACGCAUAACAGGUUCAGCAAGGCGAUUGAGAACCUGCAGCAUUUUGCUCUGGCUGCAGAUCCUUCCUUCAGGCACUUCCAGCUGGACGUCUCCAAAGAACUCAAAUUGCUCACAGAACUUCAUUUCACUCGAGCUCCUCUGGCCCCAGUCCUGGACACCCAGCACUCCCUGGCCUAUGACCAGCUCUACCUCAGCUGGCGCCUUCCCCCGGACUCCGCGCCCGCCUGGCACUUCUCUGUGGAGUACCGCCGCCGGGGGGUGGUACCGGGGGGCGCAUCGAGGGGCGGCAACAGAGGAGGGCUGGUGGCCGCCGCUCGCUGGGGCUGGCAGCGACUGGACGAGGUGAACGGGACGAGCGCCGUCAUCGACCGGCUGGAGAUGGACAGCGUGUACGUGCUGCGGGUGAGGGGCUGCAACAAGGCGGGCUACGGCGAGUACAGCGAGGAGGUGUACCUGCAUACUCCUCCGGCGCCAGUGCUUAACUUCUACCUGGACUCUCGCUGGGGUCUCCACGCAGACCGCCUGGUGGUCAGCAAGGAGCAAAGAGCCGCCCGCAGCGUUCCCGGCCUCUCCCUGCUGCAGGCUGCCGACCACGCGCUCACUUCCUGUCACCUGACCUCUGACCUCUUGGUGGGAGAUGUGGCUAUCACGCAGGGGAGACACUACUGGGCAUGCUCAGUGGAGCCCGGAUCUUAUCUGGUGAAGGUUGGCGUUGGUCUCGAGUCCAAACUACAGGAGUGGUUUCAUCUACCAGAAGACAUGGCAAGUCCCCGCUACGACCCGGACAGCGGCCAUGACAGCGGUGCAGAGGACGGCAUGGACUCCGCCCCGCCCUUCUGCUUCCUUACCAUGGGCAUGGGUAAGCUCUACCUGCCCCAGCACACCUACCACCACCAACACCACAACGGAAACGGACCGCGUUCUGACCCUAACGGCAACGCCCCGUCCACUCCGGCGGGCCUCACCUACCCGCUGCCGCCCCGGCUGGGCGUGUGCCUGGACUUCGAGAAGGGCCGCGUCACCUUCUAUGACGCCCACUCCCUGCGCCCCCUGUGGGAAGGCCACGUGGACUGCUCGGGCCCCGUGUGCCCCGCGUUCUGUUUCAUCGGCGGCGGGGCGCUGCAGCUCCAGGAGCUGGUGGCCAACCGCAGUGCGGAUCAGACGCCCGUGAGGAGGGUCACCAUCCAACCGCGCCACGUCUCCAAUUUGAACAACAACUGAUUGGGAAUGUUAAUCACGUCCACUUCUAUGGCGACAAAUAUGCAAUGUAAUUAAGUUUCUUACACUUUUAUUUGCAAGAAUCGCCGCUUUAGUAGUGUUUGGUACGCCCGACACUAUCUUUGAUGCUUGCACUCGUAGCCAGGCUGUUUUAUCCAUCAAGCUAAUGUUCAUAUAGCGCCACACUCUCCAUUUCACGCCCUUAAAUGUUCAAUCUACGUGCAUUGGUUUCAAAAUGUGAGGAAACGUGCAUCUAUAAUAACACCCCCUAUGUUAUUGUUUUAGGCUAAAUGUGGUCCAUUAGUGGAAAGAGAGGCAAUAGAGUGUAAUUAGAAGCUCCAAUUAUACAUCUGGGCCGCAGAUAAUUACUGUAGUUUCACUGGUUGUGUUUGUAAUUCAAAUACAUGUCCCUCCUCUGCACACGUCUGUUAACAACACUGAAAAACAGCCGGCGGUGAAAAGUUUGUUUUUAAACACUCUUUAUUGUAAAAACCUACUUUUAUUGUAAAGUAAAUGAGCACCCUUCUUUCCUGUGAAUACACGCUUUCAACGUUCACCUGCUGGCAGAAUGUUUUCAAAAGAAAAUGUAUUUAAAAAAAAAAAAGUAAACACAGACUAGAUUGCAAAAAAA